CAGAGCUGCACCACCUGCACCUCCAGUGUUGGGACCAAGUGCCAUGGCGCUAAAAGGCAUUCUGAAGUCUGACAGAAGACUCCGUGGGCCGUUGAAUGGCGACGGCUCUGCACACAGCUCCAUUUGUGUGGUCCGGUGGUCACUGCCUGAGGACAGUGCUCCGGCUCACAGCUCCGCUCCAGCGAGCAGAACAAAACAAGGCACCCUCUCCAAGUCUUCACAGAGUCUGGGAGAUCUACGCAGUCUCCAGGAGUGUGUCCAAUUCAUCGAACACUGGAAGGUGCAGGUGGACCAAGUCUGUAAGGGUACACCUGACCCAGGUGAGGGCACCAGUCAAAAAGAAGAGACACCAGAUCAGCGGACAGAGAGAAGUCUGGAGGAGAGCAGGAAGUUGAUCCUGGAGUGGGCUGACGAGCUUUGCCAUGUUGAUAAGUUUUUGAAGGAAAGCCGUAAAGCAGGUGAAGGUCCAGGAAAACAAGAUAAGGAGGUGAACCCGAAAGAGGAAUCUCAGACCAGAAUCAUGGGAUGGGCCAAGGAGCUCCAAGAGGCUACAGAGACUUGUGGUGUUCCCCGUGAAGAGCUGGGCCGCGUUCUUCGGCUCUUGGGCCUCAAAAAGAGACGACUGGGAAACCUGCUUCCACUGCUUGAGUUUAUUACAUGGUCCCUGCUCAGAGAAGACAGCAUGGAAAUGAUCCCUCAGUUGUGGCUGCCAGCAAAGCAAAAGAUCUGGGAAGCUGGAAUACCAAGAUACAUUCCCAAUUCUGUGUGGAUGUGGAUUUGCAGUGCGGCAGCCGAUGUGGUACUCGACCCUCUGACCCACAAUCCCUGGCUGGAAUUGUCAGAUGACCAGCGUACAGUUCAAGAAGCCCAGUCCAUGUCCAACGUCUCUGAAAACGCCCAGCGCUUUGACACGUUACCCUGCGUCUUGGCGUGGGAAGGAUACAGCUACGGACGCCAUUACUGGGAAGUGGACAUAGGCAGCAAGGGCCUGUGGAGAGUGGGACUGACCACAGCCGACUCCAGAAGACAGGGACGGUUCUCCAUGAGUCCGAAAGAGGGAUACUGGGUGCUUUGGCGCAGUUCUAAAAAUUUUUACGCAUGCACCAAACCAGAGACAGAGCUACCGAUCAAACUGGUUCCACGUCGGAUUGGGAUUUAUCUAGACUACAAAGAAGGGCAGAUUUCGUUUUACAAUGCGGAGACCAAAUCACACAUCUACUCUUUUAACAACGGGAGCUUCAACGGAAAGCUGUACCCGCUGUUUGCGCCACUGGAUGGGAAUACCUUCAUGAGAAUUGUACCUCAGAGUCUCAGUAAAAUGGGCAAUUUUCAAGGAUCAUGGGACAGAUUAUGAUCCAAGCUGUAAACCUGUAGUAAAGAAAGAAAGAAAUUAAAGUAAUAUACAUCUAGAAUUACUUUAGCCACAAAUGUUAAAGGGUCCAUAUUACAAUAUUUUCAGAUCUAUGCUGUAAUGUUUCUUCAUCACAAACAUACCUGGAGUUGUAUUUUGUUUCAAUCAAGCUUGUUCAACACACAAAUAUUUAGCUUGAGCUGUCUGUUCCACUUUGUAAUGUCAUGUUUUAAUACUGGAGAUGCUCCACUGUGUGUGUUUUUUUUUUUUUUCAUACACCUUCACUAGAAUUAUUUGGAAAAUUUCAGUCUUUAUAUUGCUAAUCGUUACUGAACAAAAGAUUUUAAAAAGUAGCUGUUAUCUUGAAAACUACAGCUUCAUGACAUCACAAGGUGGAACAGAGCAUUUUGAGCUUGGGAGAUGUAGACAGGCUAAUUAUAGUGGAUUACUCAAACAUGUGAAUGAAACAAAACACAACUCUAGGUAUGUUUUUGAGGAGAUAACAACAUUAUAACAUGGCUAAAAGCUCUUAAGAACCAAUUUUGUGUAAUAUAGGACCUUUGAGUGGCACCUUUAAUAAUGUAACGCUGGCAAGUAACAGAUAAGAUCAAACUGCUCAGUGUAAUAUGUGAACAGACUUUUUGAAGUAAAUGCCACAAUUAUGUAAAUGUGGUAAAACAUGAGAAAGCUCUGGACAUCCAUAGGCCUGUCACGAUACAAAAUUUUGAAGCACGAUAUAUUGCUGAAGUAAAAAUAGCUGAUUAAUUGUUAAAUCAUAUUGAAAAACAUUUAUAACUCUGGCACAAGAACCCAAGAGCAGAUUUAAGCUACAGAAAAUAUUCUAAAUCUAUAAUACUGGUAAAAACAUGAGCUGCAACCUUCAAUCUGUGGUUCAAAUUUAAUCAUGAGGCAAAAAAAAAAAACCCUGAAACCUAAAAUAAAUAAUGCUCCAUCUUUCAUAUAUUGAACAAUAAAUGGGUAUAGUAAUUAUCGUGACAGACCUAGGCUAUAUAUUCUCUUAGUUGGUUAAUGCAUGUACGCACUUUUACAAACUUUGUAUUUAAUAUUUAGACUAAAAUAUUGUAUGUAACCUAUAGUAAAUAUAUAUUGUAAUAACUAGAGAUGUUAUUUAAUAGUGAGUUAAGUGACGGGCAGUGUAGCCUAUGCGUCACUUAAUUCUAUUUUAGUUGUAACUAAUAAAAAGCUGUUUCUGCCUGUGCUUCUGAUUGUAGCAUGUGACUGCUAUAGUAGAAAAUAAAGGAGCAAAUAGAUGUUGUCUUGUAUUUGUCUUUUACAUAUUGGUAAAUACAGCUGUGCUAUACAUUGUUGGAAAAGUGUUAUUUUUCUACAAAACAAAUGCUGAGUUCAAAUGCAAUGCUCUGUUAAUCCCAAAGUAAACAAACUGAAAACACGUACAUUCUACCCCUUUGUCUGUUUCUGUUGAUCCAAAACAGACUCAUUCAGUCUUUUUGAGUCAAAAGCCAAAGUAUGUCCAAAGUCCCAAAUGUAUUGAUUGGACCUGUACUGAAAAAAAAAUUAUACUCACCAUGUUACAAAAUUUGUAAUAAAUUCAGAUUCAGUUUAGUCUUGCCUCAGUGAGUGUUUCUUUUUACAAAAUAAUAUCCUACUAAUAAUAUUUUUAUAUAAUGAUUUAUUAUUUAGUUAUUUAUAUUUAUUAUUUAUAUAUAUUUAAAAAAAACAAAAAACAAAAACAGUAGCAACAGAAUUUAUUUUCUUCUUUAGGCCUAUCACUAUUUUUUAGCCCCCCCUAGUGUUUGCAUUACCAGCUGACACUUAUAUUUAUGUUAUCUUAAUUUCUGUUGUUUCUGUUUUGUUUUUGUUUUGUUUGUUAUUUGCAUAUUUCUGUAUUCUUGUAUUAUUUAAAAUACUUUUUGAUAUCUUCAUAUUAUAUGUUGGUCAUUUGUUUGUCUAAUUUUCUGUUCUUUAUGUCUUUUUGUUGUUAUAUUUUUGUUGUUGUUGAUUCAGAGUGCA